GCUUGCAGCUUUGUCUACUUUACCAACUUCCUUGGGAAAAUACAUCAUUAUAGCUGCCCAACUCCCGACGUCAGCAUCCGACACGGAAGCCACCCCCUCCGCCUGCCCAGAAAAGAAAAAGAGCCACAGUGCGUCGCAGCUCCUUCCUCCCCUUCAAUCUCAAUGAGUAAUAAGAGCCAACACGGACUUGCUUUUCUGCUCGGGCAGCAACGCGAGUCCUCAAUUCGCUCUUUCUUUGCUCCUCUUGGUUCGUUCUCCUCUCGCGCAUAACAAGGCGUAUGCAUCUCAACGCUAAAGGUCUCCCGUGUGAGUCAAUACGUCUUCGCUCGGUUGGUUGGCUGUAAUUUGUGUGCGUACGUGCGUACGUAUGUACGUGCGCUGAUUCCUCAUGGUCGGCGUUUAUUCAUUGGAGCUACAUAGUAUAGUGGCCCAGCAACAUCAUCGUGGAAUCCGUGAGCCAGCAACCUAGCUAUCUACACAGUAGUACUAGGAAAAAUUGCAUCUGUAGAAGAUGCAAACAGAAAUCUGGCAUGCAAAUCAUCAAGCGAGGAUGACAGUCCUAGGGUUUCCCGUAUCAGUAGUCGUCUGUCGUUGGACGACAUCAAACCACGUUUCUCGAAACCUUUGUUUUGAUUGAUAGAAGCAAUGUUGCUCUUCAGCACUCGCGAGUUCGUAUCUGUACCAAACAUACGAUUGCCCCAGAGGUACAUUCUAGACCCUACUCUUUCAUCAUCACGGCCACCACCACCUAUCAUCGCAUAACUCCUGUAUGACUCCUCCGCGUAUUCGUGUACCCAUUCGUUCAUUCGUCUUCUUGCAUCCCGAGUCUUCCGUUAUCACGAGAAAAACACCCUCGUACAUACCGACAAAGUAUCUAGUUUCCUACAUAACCUUCCCCAAUAAGAAAAACUAAUGUACCACGCAUGUCGCGUAUGCAAAAAAACAGAUCCAUCGCUUAAUGUACUAUAACACCACCACCACCACCAACAACCUCCUCAAUCCCCAUCGUCAAUCCUUCCUCUCUGUUUGCAGCGUCUCGCAUAUCCAGAAUGUCAGCUGGGCCCCCCUCACUCGCCCGGACUCCAAUUCCGCACCAAUCACAUGCUGCUUUCCCUCGCUAGUAGCUACAAGGAUGCUCUACCCGAACACUCCCUCUUCUCCUUGCAUUAUCAUUGUUCUUUCGACAACUUGCAUUUACGCGGCUAGUUUUCUAUGCGCAAGAGGAGAAGGGGAAGGGGAAGGAGUGUUACAUGGUACGUACACGUCUUUUCCCUUCUUUCUUCUUCCUGCUGCUUGCAGUAGAAGGGAGGAGGGGGAGGGGACUGUGUGCGCAGUGUAUAUGCUCGUACCCGGUACACAUGAAUGCCAGCCUCGAUUUGAUUCUAGAUGUGCGAUGUUGGCACACUUCGUGUAUGCUGUGUGUUGUUGCAUGAAUAUGCUAUGCUGCCGUCUUUGCCGGGUUGUUUGGUCGCUUGUAUCACGGAUUUACAUAUGGUUUGGUGGAGUUGGGAUCGGUGAACUUGAUUGCUUCCUGCGGGAUGAUGCUGUGGUACGUGUAAGGUUUUUAUAG